AUGCAGGCUCCAGGACGCACUCCGUAUCGGGCGGAUCCGAUGCGGGCUCCGGUCCUCGCAACAACUCCGUCUCAUAUCCAACUCCAAAGUCAAAGCCCUACAGCCCGCAGUCCACUUCGACGAAGGCCCUCGGCAUGCGUUCGUUGCCGUCGGCGAAAGGUCCGCUGCGAUGGAGCAGUGCCCGCCUGCUCCAACUGUGCCAAAGCCGGCGAGGAGUGCUUCGAAGGGCGGGCGGCAUCCGCGGUGUCCAGGAGCCGGCUUCAAUAUCUCGAGAAACGGGUGCGUGAGCUAGAGGGGCAUGGAGACAAUACCCUCAUGCCGCAGACCCCUGAGCUCUCGGAGAACAACCGAAGUGUCUUGCCUGCUGAUACCCAGACAAUCAACCCUCCAGCAGGUGUUUCUGUUGCUGGAAAUGGCCCCAUAAGCCAUGGCCAGACUCAGACGCCCGUUGCAGAGUCCCCGGCGAACUCUCUCUCGAGUCAGAUUACCCGUCACCAGCCCUUGGCCCAUGAAGUCGGCCUCCUAUCACUUUCCAACACCACAGAUCCAAAGUACCUGGGGCCCUCAUCUGGGGUCACCUUUGCACGGUUGAUAUACGAGAGUGCUCCACAGUCCCAAGGCUUGCCUUUGUCAUUUCUCCGAGAGCAGGAGCAGCAGCAGCAACAUGAUAUCGUAAACCAAAAGCGGACUGCACUGGCUGCAGACAUCCCUUCAAUUAACCUCCCUCCUCCCGCAGAUUGCCAGCAGUAUGCCGAUGCUUUCUUCGAUGCCACGCCUUUCUUCCCAUUUAUCUCACAGGACGUCUUCUACCACCUGCUCGACCAAGCCCAACAGUUCAACGAGACAUCGAAAUGGAACAGCCUCCUGCCAAUCCGACUUGCUUCCGCGCAGCUUCUCCUGAUUUUGUCCCUUGGAGCUCGGUUCCUCGAGACCAGACUGGGGGCCGAUUACUCCUCGUCUGCCUUAUUCCUGUCGGGGAUGGAACCCUGCGCGCAUCUCAACCUUCCAGAAAGUGUGGAAGGGGUUCAGGUUCUCUUGCUGAUGGUUCUGCACAGCUUCUACAAUCCAGAAGGGCUGAAUGCGUGGUACUUGCUACAUACCAUCAUCGCGAGCUGCUUGGACCUAGGGCUUCAGCGUCGUGAUAGUAAUGGACGGGAUAGGACACAGCUCGUACGUAGUGCCGUCUUCUGGUCUGCCUACUCGAUGGAUCGCACGCUCACGACUAUUCUGGGCCGACCAUUGACGCUGCGCGACGAGGCCAUAGAUCAGUCAUUCCCCAGUCUUGAAAGCAGUGAUGAAGUCGAGGAGGCAGCUACCCAGUGGCACCAAUAUAAUACCCAGUCAGAUAAACAGGCCCACGAGACAAUAAAAACGCCGUACAUAGCAUGCAUCUACUCUCUUCGGUUUGACCGGAUAGUUGCAGAGAUCAAGCUCAUGAUCUACCGCGUGUCUCGUUCACCCCGGCGAUUCCCCUGGCCUACCAACCUGGACUCCUGGCAGCAAGAGGCAGAAGCAGCCUGCGUAAAACUUUUAUCUGAGAUCCGAACUUACCAGCGAGGACGUCCCCGAAGCGAGACGAACUCACUGUCAGGAACAACAGUACAGCGACUCGAGCUGAAGUACCACCAAUGCAUAAUGCUGCUCUACAGGCCAAGUCCCCAGCUACCACAUCCCAAGUCAAACGCCAUCCAGGCGUGCUUUAACAGCGCGAUGGCCAUUAUCCAGAUUCAAGGAGAUCUGCACCGCUUCUCCAAUAUGGAAUGUUCCUGGCUCUCGGCCCACUCCAUCUUUGUCGCGGCUAUUACCAUGCUAUAUUGUCUUUGGACAUACCCUGCUGUUUGGGGUGCAACUCCUCUGUCCGAAUGCUUAUCUCGUGCAGAGAUGGCGCUCCAGCUUCUUACCUUUCUCAGUCAGUGGUGGUCAGUGGCUCUCGAGCCAUGCCAGAAGCUUUCACAUUUAAUAUCUCUAACCCAUGAACGGUCUCACGGUGGAUUGGGGAACUUCCCUGACCUCGGGUCUGGGGGCAGUUUGCAGCAGGAAGGUCCAGAGAUGAUUAAUUAUGUGCCCCAGGAUGACGGCAGGUCGUUACUGAUUGAUGAACUUGGGACCCUGCGAGAUCUUUUUGACCUUGGCUGGUUGAAUGACUGGGGGCUGGAUACCGCACCGCCAGCUUGGGACUCUGAUCAGCUCAUGGCGGAUUUUGAGUCUGGAGGACAUGAUACAAUGGGGUGA